UAAUUAUCAUGCAACUGAUCACGUUAAUUUUUCUACUUGUAUCAUUUUCAGUUAUCUAUUCAAGUACAGUUUAUAGAUCUUGUUUAGAUGCUGUUAACGAUAAUAACUUUACAACUGACACAUAUAGUAUACAGCCAAGGAUUGGUGGAGCCACAUCACAAGUUUACUGUCAAUUUACCAGCAAUUUUGAGGUUACAACUAUCUUAGAUAAUAACAAGGAAACUUUAACUUCUCUAGCAAAAACACAAGCAGCAUAUGGAAUUAAAGUAAAUAUACAAUAUGAAAAUUUUGAUGAUUCUGAUCUGACUGAACUUUUGAAAGCUGCUGGAGUUUGUCAACAGACUAUGCGUUUUGUAAACAGAAAAGCUGCUAAUUGGCACAAUAGAUUCUUAUUUUGGGAUGGAAGUUAUACUAGUUUUAUAGCUAAUGAUGGAAUAUGUAAUUGUCUGAUAACUCAAAUAUGCGAACAAACAAAUAUUCUUACAAAACCCUGUUAUCCCUCUAUAGAAACUCAAAGUCAUCCCGUAUUUGACUUUACUGGAAGGAUUGCUGUUCUACCGCAGAGAUUACCUCUAAAAAGAAUUGAAGCAGGUGAUACAAAUGAUGGCACAAAUAAAUUUUCAAUUGGUAAAUUAAAGUGUACAAGAAAAAUGUUGAUUAGCAAAAAGUUGAUUUUUGAUAAUAAAUGUCAGAAUAGAGAAGAGAUUUUAACAGAUGGAAAUUUACAGACAUGUCUCACUUUUAAGCAAAAUGAAUUUGGGUUUAAAUUAAAAAUACAAGGUCAUUUCAGAUUUUUGAAUAUUUCAAAUAGUAACUCUGUGUUGGAUAAUAUUUUUGUUCAAUCAUUAAAACCCUUAGAAAAUGAUAAUGGGGAUGGAAAUUGUUUAAGGCAAGGAAAUCUAUUCAAAUGCUCAAUAUCCUUAAUUGGAGAAUACAUCCUGUAUUUUUACAAUAUGACUUUAGAAACUGAAAUUUGUGAAGUAGAAGUACUUGAAUGAAAUUAUGAGUAAAGGAUAGUUGAAUUUCUUGAUAGGGAUCCUUGGAGAUUUAUUCCUGUUUAUUGUUUUUAACCCUAAUUCUAACUCAAAUAGUCAUAAAUGUAUAAUUGGUUUUGCCAACCUCUUCUUAAAUCGUCUUUCAAUACUUUAGAUCACUUUUCUAUCAACUACUCAGAUGAUGUAUCUGCUAAUGAAAUCCCCAGAUAUCUUUAUGUGAUAUUUGCCUUCUUAAGGAUAAAAAAAGUAUGAAAGAGUAAAAAGAAAAAAUUGUGAAUAAAGCAUUUUUUG